AUGGAAGAAGUCGAAGCGAUCAAGACGCCAAAGAGUGCGCUGGACGUGGAUGUUGUAACUGGGGAGCUUGUCGAACUUCAUCCUGAUGGCAAUCAUGCUGUCAUCACACUUGGAUCUAAUAUCGGAAGUGGGCUUUUCAUUGCCACUGGUAAAGGCAUAGCAAACGCUGGACCACUUGGAGCAGUCAUAGCUUAUGGAUUGGUGGCAAGCUGUGUUGCUGCUGUCCUUCAGGUAUUGGGCGAGAUGACCAUUGCAUUCCCUACUUCCGGUAACUUCAUCGACUACGCAGAUCGAUUCCUUGGGUGGUGCGCGGUACUUGGGUCUGAAGCCACAUUCUUUAGUCUGAUUAUCAGUACGUGGAAUUCGGCUUUUCCCGAGGUCGCUGGAGUGACAAUCUUCAUCGUGGGUGCAAUAGUCCUUUUCAGCUUGCCCAAUCGGUGGUUCGCCUGGUUCGAAUACUUCACUUCCAUCCUCAAGGUCAUUGCCAUUACAUUAUUUCUCAUUUUAGACUUCGCGAUCAUAUUCGGAGCUGGUCCGAAGGGUAAAGUCUACCACGGUGAGACCUGGAACGCUGGACCAGUAUUCAAGAAUGGGUUCAAUGGGUUCUCGACUUCCAGUUUACUGGCUUUAUGGGCCAUGUCCGAUCAAGUUUUCAUUACCAUUAUGGUUGGUGAGGCAGAAAGUCCUCGAUAUGCCAUGUCGCGAGCGGCUAAGACCGUACCUGUCCGUGUCGCACUGCUUUACCUCAUGACGAUUACCUUCUCUUCUCUCCUGAUCAGCCCUAACGACCCACGAUUAUUCGGAGGGUCUGCGAUUACUCAGUCACCCUUUACAAUAGCCCUCAAGGAUGCCGGCAUUCACGGUCUUGAUCAAUUCCUCAACGUUGUCAUCUUGAUAAGCUGCUUUGGUUUUGGCGCAGAAAGUGUCUACGUCGCGUCGAGAAUUCUCAGGGCUCUGUCGCACCAACGCCUUAUACCAGAGCUUAUCGCAAGUGUAGACUCUCGUGGAAGACCAAUCUGGUCGUUGAUAAUCACCGGUUCAAUCUCAAUUGCCUUGACGUAUCUGAAUUUCAGCAGGACUGGAACUACAAUUUUCAAUUGGCUCGUUUCGAUUACAUCUUCGGCUUUCUUCACAGUGUGGAUCAUCAUCUCCAUCACUUCAUUCCGUUUUCGAGCCGCCUUGAAAAAGCAGAAAGAUCCAUUGUUCAAAGAAGUAUUCGCGUUCCGCACUUGUGCUUGGCCUCUACCCACCAUCUGGCUACUGACCUGCAGUGUUUUUCUCCUUGUCUGUUGUAUAUACAGCGGAUUAUAUCCUCUUGGCUCUGACAAGGUGUCUGCGUACAACUUCUUCCAAUAUAUGAUUGGUGUUGUGAUCGUGUUAGUUUUCUCUCUUGCCCAUAAGGUGAUCUACCGCACCAAGCUCCGAGCAGCUAGUGAGGUGGAUCUGCGGAGUGGACGACGAACUUUGCAAGAGCCAGAAAUCGCAAUGCUGAAAAGAUAUUAUGAUCAGCCAGCAUGGCGUAGAGCUCUCACCUAUGUUAAGUUCUGGUAA